AUGGGGCACAGUGGGGGACAGUCUCAGCUACUGGUGCCCCUGUUGGUGCUGCUAACCUGUCUCCAGCCCGGGAAGGGCCUGGAGCGAAUCAGCUAUGUACCCCAGCUCUCAAGAACCAGCCUGGCAGGGAAACUCACCCAGUCCACCUUCACGCUGGAGCAGCCACGGGGCCAGUUCAGGCACCUCAGCAUCUCAGACUUUGACCCCAUCUGGCUGGUGGUGGCCGACAGCAAGGCCACCCAGAACUUCACCCCUCCUCAGAGAGAGGAGGACAUCCCAGCCCAGGCUGACCUCGCCCGGAGGGGCUACUACCUCACACUGAGGGCCAACAGGGCACUCUACCCAGGGGACCCCGCCAGCAACCAGCUCCAGGUGCUCCGAGUUGGUAACGAUACCCACUGCUCCCCAGAGACAAGGGGCUGCAACCACCCACUGCCCAGUCCAGGGCCCUACCGAGUCAAGUUCCUGGUGAUGAGUGACAGGGGGCCUGUGGCUGAGACAGAGUGGUCCAGUGAGACCCACCUACAGCAAGCGGAGGCACUCCAGGCUGCCCCAGGGCCCCAGAGCCCUGGCACUGUGCUCAUCAUUGUCAUCUUGUCCAUCCUGCUCGCUGUCCUCCUUGCUGUCCUCAUCUACACCGGCUUUACCGCCCGCAGGAGUGCUCCCAUCUCUGGCCCAGGGGAUGCGGUAUGUUUGAGAAGAUAUAACAACCACCAUAUGUGCAUCCCUCCAGCUGUGGGGAGCUCCUGA